AUGGACAACAGGGCGCAGCGAUUCGAGGAUGAAAAGCGUCGCAUCAUCGACAGCUGCUUCACCAAGAAGGAUGUAGAUGGAUCGCUGCUCGAGACAUACAUCACCCACAUCCGAAUCACCGAGUACUCCUCCCAUCCAACCUCUCCUCCACCCCCCGAAGCACGAACGCCCCAAUCCGAGAAGCCCCGUAUCAUUGUUGUUGCCGUCAGGAAAUCAGGUCGUGUGCGCAUGCACAAGACAAAAGAGAAUGCGAACGGCUCUUUCUCGAUUGGAAAAACAUGGAACCUCGACGACCUUUCAGCCAUCGAGUCCUUCACAGCACCCCCGGCCAACCCGACACUACGCGAAUAUGCUGGCGACACCGGCUUUGUCGUCACCAUCGGCAAACCCUACUUCUGGAAUGCCCAAUCGGACAAGGAAAAGAAAUUCUUCAUCGCCAGCUUGGUCAAGAUCUAUGGCAAGUAUACGGGAGGCAAGGUCCCAGAGCUGUCGGGCUUCGACCAGGCCGAAAUGGCCCAGAUCCUGCGAAAUGACCGACGACCGCCGCCGCCUGCUCAGGUCCCCUUCAGACCCCCGGCCAUGACACCGGACACCAUCAACACUCUGAAUACUGCGAAUGCACCCUCGAACUACGGCACUCCCUCGCCAGGACCGCCGGGUCCUCGCCGGCCGCCACCCCUCAAUGGCCCGCCGCCCAUCAACGGUACCAACUCUCCUGUGGGAAGCCUGAACUCGUCUUUGUCGCAGCCAGAACCGCCCACCCUGCGACGCUUCGGUAACAAGAGCCAGGAGUCUUUUGCCCCGUCAAUGGGAGGGAGGAGCGACGAUACAGGCAGUGUACCACCCCGCUCGAGGAACGGCAUGCCGGGACCGGGUGGCUUUGGCAGAUUCGGCGACAACACACCUGAGCCGAUUCCUAUACCCCCGCCGCAGCGCCCAGAGAGCAGAGAGCCUCCCCCCGAAAGGAGGAGGCCCCCGAUGGACCCGGCGCGGCAGGGCAGUUCCGACCGAGACUUGGUUCCCGCGCCCUUGCGAUCCGACGCUGGAUCCUACAAGGACAGACCGGUUACCCCUCUCACUCCCGGCGGAGACCUUGGACCGGUCGAUGUACCACCAGCACUCAGGACCCCGACCCGAAAUGGCGCUACACCGACAAGGCUCCCUCCGAUGGUGUCGCCGCCACCUGAAAUUCCCGUUCCUCCGGCGCCCGUUUCUCCUAUCGCACCGCCCCCGGCCCCAGCUCCGAUCCCCGAGCCGGAACCCUUGGUUGCAGAGUCCCCUAUCGAGCCGCCCGAACCUCCGGCCCCUGAAGCCACCCCUCCUGUACCGGAUGUGCCCGAGGAAGAGGUGAGACCCGGCCUUGGCCCCAUGAUCAAGUCGAAGAAGUCCAAGGGCGACCUGGCUGGCGUGCUUUGGAAGGCUGCCUCUGCUGCUGCUGCUUUCAAGCCUCGAGCUGGCGGUGCGGGCGAGAGACUGCGCAUGGCCGCGAACAAGAGCGCAGAGCCAGCUGAAGGAAUUACCACAGUGUUCCGUCCUCCGCCUCGCCCUACGUCCUCUGAUGGUCCCAAGGAGACGACACCAGAGCCCACUCCGGAAGCUGCUCCUGCACCGACAGAACCGCCCAAGCGAGUAUCGGGCGUACCGGAGGUUAAGGUUACAGUGCCCAACUCUAGUCGCCCAACUAGUCUGCAGCCCUCUGUCAAGGAGGUCAAGAAACCCGAGGAAUCAGCAGCCAAGGAAGAGGCUCGCAAGUCACUUGUGGUCGGUAAUGACGCCAAGUACCUGGCCUCUCUCGGUGUGGAUCCCUCGGUUCUGGACAAGAGGAGCAUGGAAUUCACGAAAUGGCUCGACUACUUUGGUUGGGUCCCUGGUGACAAGAUGAGAUCUCGCAAUGUCGACGAGAUGAAGACGGACCUUGAACGUGAACUCAACAAGGCUCAGGCGGGCGGCUGGGUUGCUCGAUUCCAGGAAGAAGACGACCGCGUAGAAGCGAUCAAGCGUGGCAUUGAUCUCGCCGUUUCCGAAUGUGAGGAGAUGGAGAACCUGCUGACGCUGUACAGCGUCGAGCUCUCGACCCUGUCCGACGAUAUCGCAUACAUUGAGGCCCAAGGUCAAGGUCUGCAAGUCCAGACCGCUAAUCAGAAGCUGCUCAAGAAAGAGCUCGAAUCUCUUUUGGAGACAACCACUAUCACCUCGGCGGAUCUCAAUGCUUUGCGAGCGGCACCACUGGAGGACGUGGGAGGUCUCGAAGACAUUGAAAUGUCGCUUGUGACGUUGUACAAGGCCAUGAGCAAGAUUGACCCCUCACUACUUGGUGGCGAGUCGAGAAAGAGCGAAGAAAUCGAUGGCGAAAGCGUCGACCAAGCAGUCGGUCUUGAGAACACUGACUACGGCAAGAUGCGAAUCGUUCAAGAAAAGAAGGAAAUGUAUCGCCAAGAAAGCAACAUGUUCCUGAGACGCCUGGUCGAGUACAUGGCUCGGCAGUUUGAUGAUGCCUAUAACGAAACGAACAGAGCGCUCAGCGAGGCGUUGUCGAGGAAGGUGGACUCGCGUCACCACGACGCAGGUCGUGACAUGCUUUGGAAGUACAGCCCACUGAUCAAGUACGCCAAGGAUGUGGACCCUAAGAACUGGGAUCGCAUGAUUCAAGUCUACCAGGACAAGAGCUAUCCCGUGUACAAGAACGAAUUCCGCCAGGUUCUGGAGGCGUGGAAGCGCAACGCUCGCAAGAUGAGCACGGAAGAGACUGAGCAGCUCCUAUUCACGUAUGAAGUCGAGAAGCAGCAGGAAGGCCGAGCGACGACGGUCAGGAAGCUUACAGUCAAGCGAAGUCAGACUUUGGCCAAGAGUCUGCGUUCGCCCAUCGACAGUAGCAGCAGGUCGAACCUCAAGGAAGCAGCAGAAAGCCGCAGCCUGCCCUAUGAGGUAUUCGGCAGCAUUAUGGACGACCUUUUGCCCUUGGUAGAAAUGGAGCAGAACUUCAUUGUCGACUUUUUCCACGCCACAACAAUGGAGCAGUCCGAUUUCCCCGAUCUCGUGGCAGCCACCAGACCGAGGGAGCGCAGAGGAGGCGAUUUGCGGCGGCAUCGUAUGAUGGAGCCCGACCGUGACCUUGCUCGAAGAGUGACCAAGGCAAUGGAAGUGAUCUUCUCUUUUCUGGAGCGCGAGCUUGGGAACCUUGUGCAAUGGGUUCUUCAGGCAGAUGCUUUGCAAGGUGCUGGUGUUCUGGCUGUCAUCGAGCGUAGUCUCGUUGACAUCCAACAGUCAAACCAGGACUUCCUCAACACACUUUUGCAGAAGCUUCACGGCGCACUGGAGAGUCAGUUUAAGAAAUUCGUCGACCUCCAAAUCUCAGCCAUCGAGGAGACAAAGGUCAAGAUCAACAAGCGCAAGGGAGUCAUCUCCUUCAUCCGCGUCUUCCCUCACUUCUCCAAUGCGGUGGAGAACAUCCUCACGGGCAUCGACCCGAACCUUGGUGUGCGUAGGACGGUCGACCGCGAGUACGAUCGUAUCCUCAAGUCCAUGUUCGACUCCCUCAAGAUUAUCGCCCGCGAGAACCCGGCAGUCAGCGUUGGUGCUGCUGGCGCGGACCCGGAGGACAAGGAGGCACUCAACUUCCACAUCCUGCUCAUUGAGAACAUGAACCACUUCCUCGAGGAAGUGAACACCCACGGCCUCGAGGUGCUCGAGGACUGGCGCCAGGCGGCCACGAACGAGCUCAACGAGCACAUGGGCUUGUACCUGAACGCGGUUAUGCGCCGCCCUCUCGGCAAGCUCCUCGAGUACAUUGAGAACAUCGAGGGCCAGCUGCAGUCGGGCAAGGCCGGCUCCAGCAUCGCCGCGCAGCCCUCCAACUCGAGAUCGACCUUCAACAAGGUGCUGUCGACGUACGACGCGCGCGAGGUCCGCAAGGGCAUCGAGACGCUCCGCAAGCGCGUCGACAAGCACUUUGGCGACGCGGACGACCCUGCUCUCAGCCAGAAGCUGGUGAACAAGGUGCUCCGCGAGUGCGAACGCUUCUACGGCGAGGUCGAGCUGCGCAUCAGCCGCAUCACCUCGGACGUCUACGGCGGCGACGUCGUCUUCGAGUGGCCGCGCGUCGAGGUUAAGUCCAGCUUCCGCUAG